AUGAUAACUAAAUCCAAUGAUAUCAUUUUCAAAAAUCCGAUUAUGUUCAUUGUUUUCGUUUUUCUCAUUAUGCCAUCAAUUGCACAACCACACUUGAAAACCAAGUGUUCUCUGGAAUGUUAUGCUGUGUGUAUGCAUUCUGGAACGCCUUCUGCGUCCACAUGUAACUGUCCAGUUUCCCGAGAUCCAUCGAAUUGUACAAAGUUUGAUGCAGAUUUCCAGACAGGUAAUUUCUGCAAUAUUGCAACUGAUAUUUACAAUCCAGAUAUAUUUUCAGCUCGAAUAUCCACAAUUAUACCAAAAACGAAAUCAGAAUACGUUGAUGCUCAUAUGAUUCGAGUAUCCAUCGAGCCUCAACCAUCCGCAUUUGCAUACGCUUUUGAGUACUCCACGAUAUCAACAGAACCGGAUAACUGGAUUUUUGCUGGUGCUUCUGCCAAACCGGAAGCCAUCUUCAGCAUUCUCGACCCGUGCCGUGAUUACCAAUUUCGGGUAAUUAUCGUUGUCCGUAGUUCGAACCCUUCGGAAGUUUUGGACAUAAUCCGUCCUCAACCAAUUCCCGUUCAAUUGCCACCGUUUAUUCUGACACAACAGCAGAUCUCUAUUGAAAUGCCUCGUGGUUCUAGUCAGAACUCUUCUGAGGAUCUGAAGCUUUAUGUGAAAUGGUUGUUACCAUCGGGUUACAUCGAUGGAGACAUUUACAGUUACGAGUCUCCAGCACUUUAUCCAAUUCAGUGUAGCACUCCGGAAGGGGAAAUCCCAACACCUCGAAUCGAAAUUGUGCGAGGUGGAGGUCGAUUAGCAGUUUGGUUACCUCCGUCUGUUUUGGAAGCACGUUGUCGAAUGUGGGUGGAAGUAAAAAUGUUGCCAAGAUGUGUCAGACUCGAGCCUUUCAACAUACAGAAGAAUAUUGAGAUUGAUUGCUCGAAGAAUCCAAAUUUAGAAAUUUGUAAUAAAGAAUCAAAUCCCGUAUGCUUUGAAUCCGUUAACAUCGGUGGCGAACAUGGCAAAGCUCGCAUAUCUUGGGAAGCUCCAGAAAAGAAUCCGCUUUACUACCACGUCAGAUAUGGACCUGCUGAAUCAAAAGGAAUUGCGCCGUUUGUGACAUGGCAGUUAGCAGCAAAGAGAGAGGUUCGAGUAGAUGGAUUACUUUCCAGUUUCAGUUUGGAUAUUCCUGAAGAUGAGGACUUCGGGGUUCAGGUGUGUGCAAUUCUAUCUAAAAAGAGAAAACGUCCAAAGUUCGGUGUGAUUCAAGUUAUUCCGUUCCAGUGCUCGAGCUGUAAAACAACACAAACCACUGGAUGCGCUGAUUGUGGACUGAUACUCGGUUCGACAGUUCUUGAAAAAGGCUGGAUGAAUAAAACGCCACCGAGGAAACCGGAUACAACAACUCAAACAACACUGUCUCCAAAACCUCAAACAUCUACAGUAUACCGAAUGGAAACGGAUUUAUCUGUGUCUGGAAAUGGAAUACGAAAUGAUCCACAUGUGAAGGUUAAGAGUGGAACGAGACACUCCACAGACUCCCCAAUCAACCUUGAAAAAGCGGAGGAAAUCAAUAAAAAGACCGUUGAAACUCAAGAGGAAGAAACAACAACCAUAACUACCACACCCAAAAGCCAAUCAUCAAUUUCUCCAGAUAAAAAGACACCAGCUCCAAAACCAAUACUCAAAGUCCCAAGCCUUCUAUUCCCUCCGAAACUGUUUGGAGCAACUACAUCUGAAUCUCAGCCAACAACAAGUCCGAAUACUUCUGAAGCCACAAUACCUAUUAAUGUUUCUCAUAAGCCCACAACUCAUAAACCAACACCUCCAGAAACGCAGUCAAGUUCACGAAUUAUGAGUGAAGAACUUGAAAAGUCUGUGGAGAAUCUAGAAAAAGCAAUCGAAGAAACUAUGAAAAAUGGAUCUGGGAAGUUGAAUAAUCAGACAAUUGAGGCAGUUGAGAAAAUCGAUAGGGAAUUGGAAAUUAGAUCAGAAGAAGUAGAAAAACAAUUACAGGACUCGCUCGCCAACUUGGUUGCCAACAAUAGUGAAAUACGCCACCACGAAAAGUCAAAAAAGUGUCUGACAAGUGAGGGCGUCGUUUGUGAGUUCGGAUGUGAAGACCGCAAAAAGUGCUUCUGCCCUCCCUCAACGCAUGCUCGUCUUAUGAACGGCGUUUGUGUCAGCAGGGCUACCAUGCUGCACACAAUCUGUCUACCACGUCGAGAAAUCAACGCCACCUGGGAUUCGGAAAGUGGAAAUAUCAUGGUCAGAAGAAGUGAUGCAUUGUAUCAUAUCCAACAUGCUGAAAAUGUGGACAAGCUGUUUGUUGAGUUUGGCAAAGCAAGCGUACUAGCUGACAAGGAAAAUAAUGAGACGAUAAUUGAAUUUAACGAUCCCCAAAGAAGUAAAAUUGUAGUACUUAUUCAGACUGUCCUAAAAUCAUCCGUCUUCUCCACAGAACCAUUCAUAUUCCAUGUGAAUGAAUCUAUCGAUAUGAACUCAACUUAUGGAAUGAGGUUAUGUGUGUUCAACUCUUCUCAAAUUAGGAGUCCUCACAACUAUAACUGGGACGACCGUAGUCGUUUCGAGAAACACGAGCAAAUCGCAGAAGUCAUCCAGCUAUCACCAGUCAGAUUCACCAAUAAGCUUCCUCUUCUAUUCCCAAGUACAGAUACUUAUUGGAGUACUGUGAUGACUAUUGCCAAAAUUUCCAUUUUGGUCAUUCUGGCGCUUGCCAUUUUCAUUUUGGUUUAUCUCAACUGUACCAAGUUUCGAACGUUAUAUGAUAGAAAAAGAACACACUACUUCCGACCGUUUUACAUAGAUCCAUCGAUUCAUCUAUCAAAUACUGCACCGUCUUCCAGAGGUAGUGGUGGAGGUCUGAAGCGGGAUCCAUCACGGGGAUACUAUGAUGUUCGAAAUUCUCACUUGAUUAUGUAA